CCAGCCGGAUGGCAUCAGAAUGGGCAUCGCUGCUUCUCCUUCUACCCCGUCUGGGCCACCUGGUCCACAGCAGAGUCGUACUGCUCCCAGCACAGAGCGAAUCUAGUGUCGGUUCACAGCCCGGGUCAACAGGUGUUUGUCCAGGACCUGGUCAGGAGACACACAGACCAGCCGGUCUGGAUGGGGGGCUACGACGCAGCUCAGGAGGGGAUGUGGCUGUGGAGUGACGGCUCAGCUGUUGACCAUUUUUACUGGGAGGAGGAUGAGCCCAGUAACUCUGGACAGGGGGAGAACUGUAUGGAGCUACACACUGGAGCUGGGCAGGGAUGGAAUGACGUGUCCUGUGGAGAGCUGAGGUUCUACGUGUGUUCGAUGGAGACAAGAUCUGGUUUAGCAGCAUUAGCAAGUCAGAAGCAAGCACACGAGAGAGGUAGGUAUGUCUAG